AUGGUUGAGAUCCUCAACCUGUCGUUCGAGGAGGGCCUCCUGCUGUGCUGCGACGUCAGCUACGUCCCCGCCGCCCUGCACAUGUACAACGCCCUGCGCCACGUGGGCUCGCCAAUCAAGAGGAUCCCGCUCCUGGAGGACCUUUGCGAAGUCUUUAAAGACCUUAUGUUUCUGGGAGUCCUCCCAACGCGCAACUCUAGCAGCAAUUUCCGCCGGGCCAUGGGUCGGGGCUUGGAAAAGGUCAAAGGCCCCAACGGGACCCGCACCGAGGGCAUCGCGGAGCCCGACUGGCAUUCCUCGCGCCAAAGGCGGGCCGACCCGGCGAAAUCGUCUCUGUUCUGGCAGCUUGACGCGUGGAAGUACUAUCCCAAUGCGGAAUACCAGAAGCGCAUCGACCGGUUCGAAAGAGAGUCUCACGCGGUGCCGUUAAAGGUUCUGCUCGAGACGGUCAAGAAGGCCGUCCUGCCGAAGUUGAAGGGGCCUCGCCCCGUGGUGUGCAUCAACUACUUCGCCGUCUCAAACCACUGCACCCGGCUGCUCAAGCAGCUGGGCGGGGUCCAAGGCAUGCCCGUAGGGAUGGAGCACAUGGACGGCGGGGCGACGCUCGGGUACCACUUUGUCGACAGCUUUCUCGAGGACCUGAUGGUGUAUCUUGGGGACUACGGUGACGCGAGGAAGAAGGGGAGGCCGGCGUGA